GCAUCUGAAGGUUUUGAUUGAGUAUUUUGUGGUCCGAUGUACAUUUAUGUAACUUGUUCUCGACCAACCAAUCAGCAUGUAUCUGGUGGACUUCCGCAGUGAUCCCACUUGCCAUCCGUCGGAAGGUGGGAGCUACGAGAAUCCGUGGUAAUAAUUAUCAUCAUAGCAGGCUCAUGUGUAUAUGAAGAAACGUCCACUGCGCUUUAUCGCUCACAACGUCUUCAUUUUCAACGCCCCGACAGAUAUGAUUGUCACUGGCUUGUCGUUGGAGACCCUUGCAAUAUUAGUGGGUUCUGUAGCUGCACUUCGCUCCUUGCAGCUCUUCUUGGACUUCCGGCGGCUCCUCGGAAGCAUUCACCACCUUCCAGGAUACCGAACAAUUCUUGGUUCAACAACUGUGAUCGGAAACCUGCUUCCGCCGACGCCUUGGUUGACCUUAGGUCAUGAUCAUAGUUGGCUGCUGAAGCAUACCCCCUUCGCGGAGAGGGGCCUUGAUAUAAUUUCCUCUGUGGCAUGUUGGCCUAAAGCGAUGGGAUCGCUUUCGAUAGCAGACGUCAAUGUAAUCAAGGACAUCGUUUGGUCUCGCGGAGGACGCUUCCCGAAACCUCUACACCGAUAUACUGUCUUAACAUUCUUUGGAGGGAAUAUUGUUGUUUCCGAAGGUGAUGAAUGGAAGCGUUACCGCAAGAUUGUCGCACCUGCGUUUUCAGAAAGGAAUAACAGAUUGGUCUUGGAGACAACGACACAGAUCAUGCUCGACCUUUUUGAUACAGUAUGGGCCGGACAAGAUGAAGUGGUUGUAGACCACGCCGUAGACUUGACUUUGCCGAUUGCCUUGUUCGUGAUCGGCGCUGCAGGCUUUGGACGCCCGAUAUCCUGGAAAGAGGACGAUGUGAUCCCACUUGACCACCAGCUGACCUUCAAAGAUGCUCUCCAUACAGUGACACAGGACCUUCUCAUUAAAUUAUUAGUCCCGAAAUGGGCCAUGGGACUCACUAGGCGUUUCAGGCAUACAAGACUUGCAUUCGAUGAACUGCAUCAAUACCUUACUGAGAUGAUUCAAGAACGUCAAGGAUCCCAGCUCAACGAAGAUAAGAACGAUCUAUUUUCUAGUUUGUUGGCAGCAAACGACGACGAGAACUUGUCAAAGGGCGAAGUCAAGCUAAGCGAUAGCGAAUUAAUCGGCAAUAUCUUCAUAUUUUUGGUCGCGGGACACGAGACCACAGCACAUACAUUGGCUUUUGCGUUCGGCCUGUUGGCUUUAUAUCCCGACAAGCAAGAGGAAUUGUACCAGCACAUCAAGCGAGUAUUACCUGAUGGAAGGCUUCCGACGUAUGACGAUAUGCCCUCACUGACCUACCCAUUGGCCGUGUUCAACGAGACAUUACGGAUGUUCCCCCCUGUUGCCACUGUGCCGAAGUCAAACGCCGAAGACACGACCUUCACCCUCACAGAUGAGAACGGGACGAUGAAAACGAUCGCUGUGCCUCAAGGAUUUGCUCUUACGCUGGACGUACCUGGGCUUCACUACAACCCGAAGUACUGGGAAGAUCCAUACGCGUUCAAACCUGAGCGAUUCUUGGGUGACUGGAAUCGGGAUGCAUUCCUCCCCUUCAGUGGUGGUUACAGAGCAUGUGUGGGAAGAAAGUUCUCGGAAACGGAGGGAACGGCUGUUCUGACCAUUUUGCUUUCGCGAUAUACCAUUUCCAUCAAGGACGAGCCGCAGUUUGCUGGCGAAACAUUCGAGCAGCGUAAGGCGAGAGUACUUAACGCACGAAGUCAGCUCACCCUAGCACCGACCCGCCUUCCCCUGGUAUUCAAACGAAGAUCUUGAAGAGGAGACUGGGUAAUAGUAUGCACGAAAUACAAUAUGCGUGCAAACACACUAUACAUCGGGCUUUGGUUUGACUGCACAAAUGAUUUACGACGCCGAUUCACUUUGACAUCUCCGAUACUCCUGGCGCUCGGUGAAAAUAACGAUAACGCUCUGACCCUUGAGUUUGAUUACUGCUGGGGCUGGGCAGGCAACACGCUCACGCUCAGGAUUAGGAGCGGCCUGUCACG